AUGACAAUCUAUGAAAGGAUUUAUCAAACAGACGGAUAUGAAUUACGCCGGACCUGGGCAGCCGGGGUGCAGGCAUUGGGGAGGCUGUGCCUGGCUGGCUUGAGGGAGGAGGCGAUGGCGACCUUAUCGUCCCUGAGAUAUCAUGUAAGAGAGAGCAUGUCUGGAUCCCGUGACAUGACGAACUCGGCCCUGUGGCGACGGCUGCGUUCCGGAGUAGCUUCAGUGAGAACCGCGUUUCUCCUGCCCGUCCCCGAUCGCGUGCAUUUCCUUCUUCCGUUACGAAGCGAUAACGUCUCUCUUUCCCUUCCAGACAAGCUGGCGGAAACAGAGGCGUGGUACCUCCUGGAAAAAUUCUACGAAGUCGGGCCGGAGGAGACCAGGAAACUCGUGGAUUCCAUCGGUAAGAACGACGUUGCCCCGCCCCUACAUCACAUCCUUUUUCCCCCGGUCCAUCAAGAUGCCAUCUCCUAUUUUCACCUUUCGUUUCCAGACAAACUCGGGCCGGAGGAGAGACGCCAGCUCAUUCCUUCUUUUGGUGCCUAA